AUGAGUGUAUUGCUUGUUGCGGAACAAAAUAGUGAUCUUUUGUUGAAAAAUCAUAAUCUCAGACCAACUGGGUCUUUGGCCACUCAUCAUGAGGCAAUUGCAACAAGUUCUUAUCCACUCGAGGCAAAUGCUGCACGAAGAGGUAGACGUGGAAAUUACAAUGGCCGUGGAAAAGGCCGUGGAAAUUAUCGCGGACGAGGCCGAGGACGUGGUAGAAACAAUUUUCAAAGAAACAGUAAUUUCAAAAAUUUUGAAAAACAGAAGGGACAGUCAUGUGGAAGCCACAAACAAACUCUUUCAAAAGGAAAAGACACAUGUUACAGAUGUGGCAUGACAGGACAUUGGGGACGUAAUUAUCGUACGGCCAAACAUUUGGUAGACCUUUACCAGGCUUCUGUAAAAGGUAAAGAGAAAAAUGCAGAAGCAAAUUAUGUUAAUGAAGAAAAUGCUCCAUGUACCCUUGAUGUGUCCGAUUUCUUCAUGGACAAUGCUGAAACUGGGAAUGAUUUCAUCUUUGUAAAAAAUAACAAUGCUUAA